AUGCCUCCAACGCUAUUUUCACUCGCUUUAAUCCUUGCUGGAAUCGCCUUCACCAAUGCCUCUGUACUCAAUUUCCAAGGGUUAAGAAUCCAGAAUUACCCGAAUGACGCCAUUUCACACGGCUGCGAUCGGGCUUGCUCUCAACUUUCCACGUCCUUUGGCUCCGUUCUCCACUAUCCAGAAAACGACCGCAACUUCACGAUCUGGGACGCCAAGCAGCAGGAAGUGCGUCCGGCAUGCCGCGUCGAGCCCUCCAACGCCGCCGAGGUAGCCCAAGUGCUCGAAAUCCUGGUGGGCAACUGGUGCCGCUUCGCCGUCAAAGGCGGCGGCCACUCGCGGCACCCAGACGACUCCAACUCGGUAGGCUGCGUGACGAUCGACCUUGACCGGAUGAACGCGGUCGAAGUCGCCGCGGAUAAGGCGAGUGCGCGCGUCGGGGGUGGCGCGACUUUGUUGCAGGUGUAUCGAGCGCUUGAGCGGUAUGAUCUCUCUUUCGUGGGCGGCUUGGUUGCGACUGUUGGCGUUGGGGGCUUUACGCUCGGUGGUGGUAGGUCUGCGCUGUCUAACAGAUAUGGGUGGGCGUUGGACAACGUCUACGAGUACGAGGUCGUUCUCGCCAACGGCACCAUCACCACUGCCUCCGAGAGCCAGAACCUGGACCUCUACUUCGCGCUCCGGGGUGGAAGCAACAACUUCGGCAUCGUCACCACCUUCACCGUCCGCACCUUCCCACAGGGACCCGUGCUCAACGCCAGAGUCGUGUACAGCGACGACCAGACCGAGCAGGUGCUCGACCGGGUAUUCGACCUCUUCGCGGACCCGAAGCUCACCAGUGAUGUGGAUAUGGGCUAUGAGAUCUACUUCAGAUACAACCAAACCAGCGAUUCUUUCAUGGUCGACAGCGCCCAGCGGUAUGCCAAGCCGAUUAAAAGUCCAGCUGUGUUCCAGGCCAUCAACCAGAUCCCCGCUCUCUCCAGAACCACCCAAAUUGACACCAUGCCUAACGUGGUCGGCCCCGGUGGAGAAAUGGGCACCGUUCGCCACCUGUUCGACACAACGAGCAGCCUUCCCUCUCGUGCCCUACUCAGCCAAGCCAUACAAAUCUUCAGGGAGGAGAUAACCGCCAUCAAGACAGUCGCGGGCCUGCAUCCUGUCCUGAUCUGCUACCCUAUACAAACGAACGCCAUCGCAGCGAUGAGGCAGCGAGGCGGCAACGCCUUGGGCAUCGACCAAGACGAGCCAUUGUUCGUGUUCCUGGUCUCCACCGGCUGGUCGAGCGCGGAGGAAGAUGCGGAUGUCUUCACCAUGUCGGCCAACACCAUUGCCCGGAUCGAGUCGGCGGCGAAGGAGCUGGGAGUGGCUCAUCCGUAUCGUUACAUCAAUUACGCGCGGAAGGGGGAGGCUGAAGAGGUUUUUGCGGGAUAUGGCGAGGCGAAUGUGCAGCGGUUGAAGGAGAUCCAGAGGGCUGUUGAUCCCGAUGGCGUAUUCACUUCGCAUGGCCUUUGGACGGGGUUCAUGAAACUAUUGUAA